AUGUCACCAGAGUAUGCAAUGCAUGGACAAUACUCUAUGAAAUCUGACGUUUACAGUUUUGGAGUCUUAGUUUUUGAGAUCAUAAGCGGUAAGAGAAACAGUGUUGUCUACCAGAUGGAUGAAACUAGUACUACUGGAAACUUGGUCACAAAUGCUUGGAGGCUUUGGAAAAACCAGUCACCAUUAGAGCUGGUGGAUGCGGUCAUUGGAAGGAAAUAUCAGAGAAAUGAAGUCACUAGAUGCAUCCACAUUGCAUGCGUUCAAGACAAACCUAGAAGACCGUCCACUGUUAUCAUCUUGAUGCUCACUUUACCAAAGCCUCGUCUACCUAGAUUUUUCCGGCGAGUCUGGCACAAACUGGACCAGGCAUCAGAUGGAUUUAAAUCAAGUCAACCUACAGGAAGAGCUGUUGGAUGUUCUGUUAAUGACGUGACGAUUACUGAACCUUCGUUGAAGAUGGAAUUCAAGUCUGAAUGA